AUGCUUAGUUCAUCAACCAAUGAGUCUCGCCUAAGUCGAGAGAACUCAAUUAUAAAUGAAGAUACGUCAAUAGAUGAUAUCUUUACACAUUUAACUAUUCCACAAAUUCAGAAAUUGAAUAAAGAAUAUAAACAGAAUGUCACGAAUGCUAAGAAUGAUUUACAUGGUUUGGUGGGUAAUAAAUAUCGAGAUCUAAUUAAAAUUGCAGAGGAUAUUAGUAACAUGUACGCAGUGACAAGUGAGGUUGAUCAAAAAUUGUCUGAUUUGUCGUAUGGACAAUCGAGGUUUGUUAGUUUUAAUACUCUGAAUUCUUUUUCCAAGUAUAGCAGCUCGAUCAGAAGGAAGGACGCUAGUGAAGCUAGAAGAAAUGAAAAAUUGACCAUUUUGAAAAAUAUCAUCAACAAUCAAUUAGUGUCAUUUGAAAUAAGGCUAUUAUCGUCACAUCAGAGACCACCAUUGAAAAACACUGCUAACUACAUAUACUAUGCAAAAUGUUUUUAUACGUUGGAAUGCAUUUUUGAAGAUACAUUGAAAGCCGAAAAACACUUGGCUGAUAAAUUGACAGCAUUCAAAGCAUCAUUUGUAACUUUCUUGGAAGCAGAGCUUGCAAGCUAUAAUGCAUUUAGUCUGACAUCAUACUCUAAUGAUGCGGGUAAUUACAAACCGUCACAGAAUCUUGUGUGGGAAGAUUUUGUAAAUAUAUCUAGUGGUUAUCUUGUCAAUGAUGAUUUGGAUGACUUUGAUGAGGAUGAUGAAGAAGAAGAUGAUGAAAUGAGGUUGCACGAUACAGAUCAUAUUGAAGAUUCGGAUCCUGAAGAGACGUUGCACGAAACUUACAAUAAAGUUUCACCUCCUAUUAUCAAUUACCUAAUUGCCUACAUAAUUUUGAAUCAUAAAAAUGAAAAGAUGCAUACAUUGACUAAGGUCCACGACAAGUUCAUAAAAUUGAGAUAUGACUUUUUAGACAACGUUUUAAAGAAGAUUUUAUCAACGUCACAACCAGCAAAUACUUGUCAUAUUAACUUUUACAAAAUUUUUAAGUACAUUGAAAACACCUGUGAUUAUGUUUCUAGAUAUUUCAAUACUGAAAAGGCUACCAAAAAUGAAUUGUUGAAAGACUUAAAACAAGCUACUGGUACUUGGAAAGCAUCUAGCUUAAUAGGAUUUCAUAAUUGGAUUGAGAAUGAGAAUGUUGAAUUUAAUUACGACUUAAUUUUAAUAGAUAUUUGCAAUUCUGAAGAAGUAUCUAUUAAUGAAUUCCCUGAUCUAUUAGCCAGAUUCAGCGAUAAUUUGAUAAAACAGAUUUCUAAUGGUAGCGAGGAAGGCAUUAGCAGUCUUUCAAACUCUUUUGUCAUCUUUCACAAUUUCAUUAUAAGUUUAAAGAAAUUGGAUGUUUCAAUGAUUGGAAAUGGUUCUAAUUCGAAAUUAAUCGAGCUACUCUCAAAUUCCCUGAAAAAUAACAACACCAUUGCAACGACUUUGCUUGAGAAUGUCAUUUCAAAAACAAAUCACAUAUAUACUAUUCUCUUCGACAAUUUAUCCUGCAAAUCGAAACUGAGUACUAAUAUAUUAUCAACUAUCAAAGGGAUUGUCGCAAACAAGAACUUUAAUUCUGGAACAAAAGGUCUCGAAUUAUUUUCAUCAGAUUUAGUUGAAACUAUUGAUACCGAUUUAAACAAAUAUAUUGACUUCGUGGCUCAAAUUUCGUCCUUGCCAUCAUUAUCCACCGCAAAUCAUGACAUCUGUCAUCAAAUCAAUAUUUGGUUUGAUACAUAUUUGGAAUACUCAGAUAUAAUAAACAUCAAAAAAGAUUUUGAUUUGAAUAGAUUAACCCCUAGCAAUUGUUUGAGCCAUUUAUCUGAAGUUCUUUCAAAAAACAAAUCUUCUCUGACCGGAAAGUGGGGCAAUUUUACAAGAGAAUUGAUGUUAAAGGAAUUUAAAGCUUUGACUGAAAAUUUCAACGAGACUUUAUAUAAUAAAAUUGAUGAUAUAAUUGAAGAAAUUGGAAUAUUGAUAGAUGACAGUGAGAAAAAUAAUGACGUGGAGACCUUAUAUUACUUAUUACGGGUUUUAUUAACCUUGUUGGAGAGAUUGGUUAACUUUGAUAAAAAUCAAAAUGAUCGGAUUUGCAAACCAGUAUCUGCCUUACUUGCUUCAUGUAAAGAUAUAUUUAGUACAAUUGUCAAAAAGAUUCCUUAUAUUAGUAAUAAUAAUGAACCGUCGUUUAUGGAAUCGUUUGACAAGUUCGUUACUAAUUUAUUCUCAAAUUCAAGUGACGUAUUAAGUCUGGACUUACCUAAUAGGCCUUCGCUCAGAUUGUCAUCAUUAGUAUUCUAUUUAUCGUCCACGUAUUUGACACCCUUUAGUGCUGAUUACGCAAAAGAUUGUGAUUAUGGAAAAUUAUUUCUGAAUAAGCAUGUAAAUGAAAUGUUUACUGAAUUGAAAAGGGAAUGGAUUUUAGAAGAUUUAAUUCAAAAGAAGGUUAUAGACAAGUUGCCCAGCUCUGCUAAUAAUACUGAUGAUAUAAAGGAGCCUAUUAAGAGUAAAGAUGAACAUUUAUCAACCAACAAUGAGAUAGAUGAUUCGUCUAUCACUAAAGAGAAGUAUCAUUUGGUGUUUGCAAAUGUAGUUUACUUGUUACAGUUCGCUAAUGGUGCACCUAUCAGUGACAUGACUAAUUCACUAAUUCAAGACCAUGUCAGAAAAUUAAAUGCAGCAACAGGAAACAAAAUAGAUGAACCAUCUAUGAAGCAUAUCAUUAAGAACAUUUCUGAGUUUUACAAAUCCAAUAAGGGUAUAUGUUUACCAUUACUGAUUUCCUAA